CGCAGAGAGAGAGAAACAGAAAGAGGAGAGUGACAGAGAAGAACCUGUGCUCUUCUCCAGCACCGGGAGAUAGGAAUUCACCAGAGAUCACAAUUUCUUGUCCCGAUUUUUUUUUUCUCCUCUUUUUUUUUUUUUUUUUGACAAACUUAGUUCGGGUUUUCUCUCCUCUUUUUGUUGCUGUCAGUGUGCAAAUAGAGUGGACUCCCUAUCUCUGUGUCUCUGCGUUCGUGUAUCUCUACUGGAUCUUCACUUCUGAGGCUGUGUACAGUUUUGGUUUUGGAGAACUGCACCGGUUUGUGUUUUUUCCUGCGAGGUUUUUUGAGCCGAGUGCUGCUUUAACUGGUCCUGUGAUGAAAAUUUCACUGUGACACAUGUGUGGAAAUAUAAACUAAGGCUAACGAAGCCAGAUCAAGGAGUCCAAAAAGUAUUGUGGAUCAGCAGAAACUGAGAAAAAUACCCUUAAUCGACAAUGACUAUUAGGACCUGAAAAAGAAACUGAUAUGUUGAGUUUUUACUUGAGUUCAUUUACUUUAUUAGUAUCCUGAGAUCUGAGUGUGGCGUUUUAACAGACAGGACUGAUACAGAAAUACAUCCCUAGAUGUACUUCUCCAGAUAGCAGUGAUUUCCAAUGUUUCUGAACCUGUGAACAAUCAGGUACAAAGGGGGGUUUCAUCCAUACCAUGAAUCCUAGAGACAGCGUAGAGCUCAUGGAGACCCAAGAGAAGCUGACUGGCAAAAAAGCCAACACUGAAAAGGAUUUUCAAGGAGAGGAUGACAAAAUCCCAGAGGCAUACAACUGCAACAUCUGUGGACGGAGCUUCCCUUUCCUCAGCUCGUUCUCGCAGCACAUGAGACGCCACACGGGCGCACGCCCUUAUAAAUGUCCCUACUGCGACCACAGGGCAUCUCAGAAGGGCAACCUCAAAGUCCAUAUCCGCAGCCACAAACUGGGCACGCUGUCCAGCCACCACUCUAAUGAGGACGAAGAGGGCGGAGCAGAGGAAGAGGAGAUGAAGGUUUCCGAGGGUCUGGAUGGAGGCACCAGUCCAACUAAGAGCAGCUCUGCCUGCAACAAAAUGAUCAACGGGGAUGUCGGAGAGGAGAGUCGAAGGAAAAUGCCUGCGCGGAGCAUGAAAAGAGAAAAGUCUGUCAGCAACCAGCGGCCGUAUUGUUGCCGCCUGUGUGGGUACGAGGCCCUGAGGGAAGACCAGCUCCUGAGCCAUAUUGAGAAAGUUCACAUAACAGCAGAUGCAGAAGAGGACACAGUUACGGUUAAGGAAGAGGUCAUUACCGAGCCUGAUACCGUCCAGCCGCAAUGCGAUGGGACAUUCCCCUGCGAGACCUGUGGCCAGGUGUUCAGCCAGGCCUGGUUUCUGAAGUCACACAUGAAGAAACAUGCCGGAAUCCUUGACCACUGCUGCCGAAUAUGUGGAAGAAGGUUCCGCGAAGCUUGGUUUCUCAAGUCUCAUAUGAAAACCCACAAUACCAGGUCCAGGUCUCGCUCCAAAGCAGAUUCGGCAGAGCCUCCCACCACUAUAAAUGACGUAGCACAGGAUCCCGACAUAACGACAACUUCUGUUACAUCCGUCUAUCAGAUGUGCUCGAAAUGUGGGAACCUUUUCCACAGCAAAGAAAGCCUGAGAGCCCACGAUAAAGUUCACAGUCCUAAUUUUGGCAGAAAAUCCCCAGUUCACUGCAGGUCUACUGAUGAUGUGGAUUCACCAGCUGCGAAGAGACGUCUCCUGGAAUACUUUAACCUACAAUGCGUUGAGGGAAAGACGCCGGGUGAAGAGGAGGACAGCGAGAAAAAGACUCUUGGUCAAAGAAUUCCAGAACUAGAUCCAGUUUGCAGCUACCAGGCUUGGCAAUUAGCCACUAAAGGAAGAGUUGUGGAGCCAGUGGAGCCAAGUUACAAAGCUUCAUAUGGCGCAGGGAGCAUGGAGGACGAAGCCCUUACCGAUGCCGCAGUGGUUUAUGAGAAGGAGAACAGUCGUUAUGUCUUGCAAGGCCAAGAAAAACGCAGCUCAGGGAGACGCAGCAGCUCAGGGUUGGGAAGCCACACAUCUUCAGGCGACAGGACACCGGAGAGCCUCAGCGACUCAGAGUACCGCCCUUCAAGUCGACAGGACAAACGGCGAUCAUCCCAGUCACAAGCGUCUUCUUCCAAGUGCAAAGAGUGCUUCGAGUGUGGCAAGAUGUUCCGCAGCCGCCAUCAGAUGAUCGUCCACCAGCGGGUUCAUAGGAAGGAUGGCGGCCGGGCGCCAGCGGGAGACAAGGAAAGAACUGGAAGGGAUGAUCAGUGGGGACCCACCAGCGACCCGGAGUCCGGUUCCCCCAGCAGACCCAGCACCCCAGGGUAUGGAGAUUCCCCACCUGCGUCGACGCUUGGAGAUCAGGCUUCCGAGAUGGGAACCUCGAACUCUGGAGAAAUUGAAGAUGAAAAACCGUACAUCUGCAGCCUUUGUGACUUUGUCACCGCGGACUCACAGGCUUACUUCACCCAUGUUCGUGUACAACACCAGGCUGCCUCCAAAGACAGACCCAGCCCUGUCCCCAGUCCCAGCUCCAGCUCAGACAGAGGGUCCCUCAGCAAAUAUCCCAAAUUUAAGAAAGCUUUUACUCCAGGGCUAAAAACCUCUCCGAAUGCUUAUCUCUCUGCUCGUCCUUCUUCAUCUGAUCCUGCCAUGAUCCCGAUGGAUUUAUGUGUGAGAGCCAAUGGGAUCAGGGGCGUAGCCUCCAUAACUUUAGAUAAAAAGAACCUCCCAAGCCAUAAGUGCUCCUUCUGCUCUCACUCCACCUGCUACCCAGAGGUGCUCUGGAUGCAUCAGACCGUGGCUCAUCGCAUCAAUAGCAGCAGCUCCAAUCUGGCUCCGAAAUGGGCUAUUAAGAACAACUCUAAGACCUCCAGGAACAGCUCUUCGUCCUCAAAGAGACGCACCGGACCUCCACCUGUACUGGAAGGGAAGGAAUGUCAGCCGCUCCCUCCGACGGUGCGGAGCCAGCGGACGCGGCCUCCUACCUGCACCAAUGAGGUUGUAAAAAAGAGCAGGCCGGUCAGUCACGCAGUCACCCCGUCAUCAUCUUCUACGCCUUGUACGCCAUCCUCAAGAAUCUCUUCAUCCGCAUCUGGCAAGCAGGUUGGGAGAGUCCCCGUUCGGCCAGUUAGCAGCAGCAGCAGCAGCACCAGUAAACGUAUGGACGACCAAAGUCAGCGCUUCAGACCCAAGGCGGAAAUCUAUCCUCGUGUCAGCACUCAGGCACCUUCUGGCUCUUUGGAGAAGAACACCGGGAGCCGCUCUCGACCGCCUGCAUCAGGCCUCAGCUCCUCCGGACCAUCCAGGAUGGCAGACCGCUACAUGAUGCCUCAGGAGGGCCUGGGCUUCAUGCUGUCCAACCAACACAGCCUCUCAGAAUACAGCCGAGCUCGGGGCUCCCCUCAUCAACCUCAUCAAUCCCAAAUCCACAGUCGGCCAACCCCUUCAAGACCCAACGCCAUCAACCACUGCUUGCCCACAACGCACAACUACGGCAUCUCCCAGACACAGGGAGCCGUGGCGCAGGCCUCUUCCUCCCCCUCAUCGUCUUCGAUACCCUCAGAGAGCCGUAGGGAUGUGAAGCAAGAGCCGAUUGGAGAGACACCAGACACCUCAACCGAUGUCCUGGGCUACCUUAAGAAAUACAGCCCGCACAAUCUGGCUCCUUUCUACCACCACUGGGGUGCGGCCAACUCUCUGAUGGACCCCACAGGUCUGCGAGGCAUUCACGGACCCCCGCUCCACUGUUCCAGAAAGCUGUCACAAACUGUUUGGGUCACGGCGCUCCGCCUGACGAAGAGACUCGCGCAGAGGAAAGCGAACAAACAGAAAAGGGAGGCAAAAAAAACAAGAGAAAGAUGAGACAUAAUAAUUACCCCACCAGCUGCUUUGGAAAUGGUCAUUACCCAACAUCCGUAAUAUUUGCCCAGUUUGGGUUGUGUCUCUGAGGUCAAGCGGGGCUGUACGGAGCCAGGGGUCAGAGACAACAGCCCCAGAGCAGACGUGUGACAUCGCUGUCACCCGUCCAGGCGCAUAUCGUCACCAUCUGCCUUAGCCCUUUGAGUCACAUGCUAUAAAGUGACCUUUUUUGAGCAACUGAGUCUUUCUCCUGUUUCCCUCUGUAGUAUGUGCCGACGUGUACGUGCGCGCGGGUGUGUGUGUGUGUUGGUGCGCUUGUGUUUUCUGUCCAGCUCUGUCUUGUCUUUCAUUAGUGCGUCAGUGAGAAGGGCUGGCGGCCCAGAGUGGAAGUGGAGUAUCCAGAGGCCAGCAGUCGGGCUGCCAGAGACACUCUCUUUCACCUCUUCCACCUCUCUGUCCUCCUUGUUCCUGCUGUGCCCCCUGCCCAUUCACUCGCCGCCCCCUACCAACACAGAAACAUUCGUCAUAAACAGCUACUAGGUACUCGUCCAGGUAUAUGCACAGGGGCGAUCCUUGUCCGCUGGAGGCUUUGGAGGCAUUAAGCGCCACGAAGCCUCGGGCUUGUUAUCCGUCAGCAAAAGAGGUCGUAGGGGUGUACGUGUGUGUGUUUGUGUGUGUCUGUUACGUCCAGAAUGUCAUUAAAUGGAUGCGAGAAGUUUAAAAUGCCCCAUGCAAAUGUUGCCUCUGCUUCCAAUAUUGAAAGCGAACUGGAAAGAAGUUCGCGUUGGUUGCAGAAAUGGAGCUGGUUGCACAAAAGGCACCAAAAUGGGUUUUGAAAAUGCAAAAAAAAAAAAAAAGUUCUACUUCAUGUUGACAGCCGACUCCUGGAGCCUGCCAGGUCAAUGCCGGGCAAUAGUAUUGACACAGGUCAGCACAAAUUGGUGUAUAGCUGCAAACUAGAAGGAAAAUGAUAGCUUAUAGUGCAUGUGUGUUCAGCUCCCUUUACUCCCAUAGCUCUAAAUAAAAUCAGCUGCACCCAUUUACCUUCAACUGCUGUGAAAUGAGAAAAUAAAAUCCACCUCUGUUUAAUUUAAUAGUUCUGUGAAGGCCUCAGAGGUUUUGUAGGGCGCAUUCACACCAGCCCUGUUUAGUGCGCUUUAAUAGAACUCUGGUUUGUUUGUCUAGAAAGUCCAGUUCAUUUGGGGAAGUGUGUAUGCGCAAUCAAACCAAAGAGCGAACUCUGGUCCACCUAAAAACCUAGCUCCCAGUUCAGUGAAGGUGAACACUAUUGCGGUUUGAAUUCAUAUCUGAAUGUCAAGCAGACAGGAGUCUGCUCCAAAAACAGGAAGCUGACUAAAGCACAGGGUAUUGUGGGUAUUUUACAACCAAAACAAACAAAAUGCUUAGCGAGAAAAAUUUUUGAGUCUUUUGCCAAGGACCGCUAAAACGUCACAACACUCCAUUUUUGCUUGCAUUUCGAGAAGAAGAAAGUCACACUUAUGUCUUCUUCACAGGAUUUUAUGUCGUUUCCUUUGGUGGUUUUUGGUGCAGUGCCACCACAGGCGAGGAGGGCAACUGGUUGCUGAAAGUGUUUGACAGUGCAGUGUGAAAGCGAACCACAAUGUUCGCUUUCACGAUUGGCUCGAUUGGGAAUUUUGGUUCCCAAUCCAGCCAAGUCUACCAGACUAUCAAGUGUGAAAACAUCUUUAAAGAGCGUAGGAGAACAAACAGCAUCAAGAAAACCAAGUAAGACAGAAGACAGAAAACCAGAACAACAUGUGGAGAAGUUUAUGGCAUGUUCUAAAAAAAACUUCUGAGCUUUGUAAAUGCCAAAAUAGAAACGCAACUGCAAACCUACCGAAAGCGCCAACCUGAGCUUUCCCGCAGCUCAGGUGGGAGAAUCAACUGAACUUAACUGGAUACUAUAAGCUAAACUUCUGGUUUGGACUCUUCAUCUAGAUUAACUCAAGUUUCAAGCAAACAUGUUGAGCCUUACAAACUUUACAUAACCUCUCUUACUUUGCAUUUUGCAUAAGGUUUCUCUCAAGUUCCUUCUUCCUUGCUGCUUAAGUCCAUUAACGUGUCUACGCAAUGUCAGUGUUACUGGGCGUGUGUGUGUGUGUGAGCGCAAGCGCUAACCUACCAUGUGUCUCACCCUCUGCCAAACAUGCACACUCAGUUCUUGAAACACGUACGCAUACCGACACACACGCACGCACGCACGCACACACGCACACACACACAUACACCUGACAUGUGACACGCGGGCAGCGGAGCGGGCACAUCACAGCCGGGGCGUUUUAAUUGCCUGUAAUUUAUGCAGCGUGUGUGUGUAUGUGUGUGUGUUGCUGUCAGCCUCUGAGAUGAUGCUGUGUGACAGCUGCAGUCCAGCCCCCCGAGCGAGCCGCUCAUAAUGACACAUUAGACAUACUAAUGAUGCCUCCCUGAGUCCAUUGCUGAUGCUACCUAGCUCCGCCGCAUCACCCAGGCUUUUACACACACACACACGCCCACACACCCCCACACACCCCUGCACGCAUUCAGUCCAUUACUGACCUUUAUGUCUUCAUUUGGUUCCUUCAAACAUGGUGGAAAGUGCCUUCCCACUUGUAGCAGUGUCCGGAUCGGUUGUAAGUUAACGGUAGCUCCUGAUUUUGUUUUUUCUGUUCGUUCUCCAAAAAGUGGCAUUUUACAACGGAAAUUAGCAAAACGCUAUAUAGUUUUUUCAUGUUGGAAAAAAAAGUAUCUUAAAGUCAGAUCCGUUGAUUCACAAAAAACGAUCCUCAUAUUCUCACAGUGCCUUCCAGAAGUAUUCAUAUGCCUAGGCCUGUCGCAGUAAGCAAUAAAUCAAUUAAUCGCAUGAUAAAUUAAAACAAGCUCAAUCAUUUACAUUUGCAUGAUAUAUUUAUUUUUCUCCUCACUCUCUUUUUUACCAAAAACAAAAGUCUUCAGUCUGGUACUUUGGGCUCAACUGGCCCUUUUAUUGAACGACAACUGAAUUAUGAAGUCACAGAGACUUCAUAAUUCAUGUUAUUUAAAAUAUCUUCCAGUUUCAGUUUUAAAUAUUCAUUUGAAUUUACAGUCUAUUGCUCUGUAAGAAUGUGUUGUUGCAUUCUUAUGCCAUUACCAUUACAUGACUUGAAAAUGGUGUCAAAACAACAUUAUUGUUUAUCGCAUAAAAUGCUGGAACAAUUUAUCGUCCAGCAAAAUUUGUUAUUGUGACUGGCCUACACACACCUGUAAUGUCUCGCAACUACACGCUUCAGUGUAUUUUAUUUUGAUUUGAUGCGAUAGAUCAAAUGGACACAUGGAUUUAAUUUUUUUUUUCUUUUUUUUCUUUUUACAAAAUAUCUAAAAAAUGUGACAUGCUUUGUAAGACAUCUCCGCUCAGUCAACGCUUUUUGCUGCAGCUACAACAACAUCAGAUCUAGGGAUCUGAUUUAUCGCCCACGCAAAAGCACGCCACACUUUUCAGAUACAUUUCUCUUUUUUGGGGUCUGAAUACAAAUUUCUCUUUUCCUCUGACUUUAUUAGUUACUUUGUGUUGAUCGGUCUUGUAAAAAUAUGCGUAAACUGCGUCGUGACUAAUGGUGCAUUCUUCCCCUUUCCUUCCUGUUUGUGUCCGU